GAAUUUUAUCAAAUGAUUAAAGGAGGCCGCAUCAACAUGUAACCGACAUGAAAACGGUAAAAUCCGGAACUGGCGAGCCGCUUUUUCGUCCUACCUAUUCAUUUUCUUGUCUUCCUCUCUCAUUGUGACAUCAAAUUGAAGAAUCGAAGUUUGAGCGAUUUAGGGUUCCGAUAUGACGACCGCGGCUAGACCUACUUGGGCACCCGCGAAAGGUGGGAAUGAACAAGGGGGUACCCGAAUAUUCGGCCCAUCUCAGAAGUAUUCGUCCAGGGACAUUGCUUCUCACACUACCUUAAAACCCAGAAAGGAUGGACAAGAUACCCAAGAUGAGCUGCAAAGGAGGAAUCUCAGGGAAGAACUAGAGGACCGGGAGAGGAGGCAUUUCUCAUCAAAGGAGGAUAGAGAUCGUCGGAAGGGAGCUCAUCUUCUUUUAGAAGGACCUAGGAGAGAAGUUGAAGACCGCAUUGUUCCACGAAGUGUGGACGCUGAUGAUGCCGAUGUGGAUGUUCAGAGUGAUGAUAGUGAGGAGGAUGAAGACGAUGACGAUGGUGAUGAUGAAGAGGCACUUUUGGCUGAACUUGAACGUCUAAGGAAAGAAAAAGCUGAGCAGAAAGAAAGAGAAGAACGAGAAAAGCAAGAAGAAGAGCUAAAAGCUAAAGAGGAGCAAUUGUUGCGUGGAAAUCCUCUGCUGAAUAAUCCAACUUCCUUCAGUGUGAAAAGAAGGUGGGAUGAUGAUGUGGUUUUCAAGAACCAAGCUCGUGGGGAGACGAAAACACCUAAGCGCUUCAUUAAUGACACCAUCAGGAAUGAUUUCCAUCGAAAAUUUCUCCAGAAGUACAUGAAAUAACAUUGUACGAUCAUUUUAGCUGAAGUACUGUCAUAAAUACUAGAUUUAACUCACAGAAUUACAGGCUAUCUUUAUUGAGAUAUGUCUGGGUUUCAGACUGCUAAUGAAUGACUCUGGUGUCAAUCUGUGCUGAGACUUUUUCCUUGCCAAAAGGAAAAAAGGAAAUCUGUAUGUGUUGAUUGUUUUGUUUUUUCUUUUCUUGUUCCCCUUUCUAAAAUGUCUAUUUGAGUA